CUUACCUACCUAGGUACCUAACUAUUCGUAUUUGCUCUAAUUAACCUUUCGCCAUUCAUUCACAUCAACAUCAACAUCAUCAUCAUCAUCAUCAUCAUCAUCGCCGCGGGCUUAAUAGCUCGAUCUAACAAUCAUAUAAUUACUAACACUCCAUUGCUGGCGAACGCCAUGGAGGUCGCUAAACCCGAUCUCAAAUCUCUCGUACUGGAGAAUGCUCGACGCUCGAAAUCGCUUUUUGCAGAUCCAUCGUCCGGCGAGUCGGCGCGGAAGAAAAUUAAGCUAACUGAUGACGCGCUCGAACCUCAACGCGAGAAAAACGCUCUAUCUGUUCGCCUCCACGCCGAGUACCAAUAUGUUAGAGAAUUACCCCCUGCCCUCGCGCAAAAGCAAACGAGCGCCAUGAGCGCCAGGAAAAAGGGCAAGAGACCAGCCGCGAACGAGCCCCCAGUCGCACCAGAGGAUCAGAAGACCCAGAAGCUGAUCGAGGGCAUCGUACAAUCCUCCUCCCCCGGUACUAAUAAGCUCCCAUCAAACUCCAACGCUCUAGUACAUUUACAAAAGCCUCCUCGACCUACUUCAAAUACGUCGACAUCCCAGUCCCUAAGCAUCGCCCGAGCGCAGGCUACGCAUCAACCCAAGCCCGACUGGCAUCCCCCAUGGAAGCUCAUGAGAGUCAUCUCGGGCCACCUAGGUUGGGUGCGCGCCUUGGCCGUCGAGCCACACAACCAAUGGUUCGCUAGCGGUGCCGGCGACCGCACCAUCAAGAUUUGGGACUUGGCAACAGGAAACUUGAGACUAACUCUAACUGGCCAUAUUUCUACGGUGCGAGGUCUCGCGGUGUCUCCUCGACACCCCUAUCUGUUUUCCUGUGGCGAGGACAAGAUGGUGAAAUGUUGGGAUCUGGAGACGAACAAGGUGAUCAGACAUUACCACGGCCACCUGAGCGGUGUGUACACCCUAUCGCUUCAUCCUACUUUAGAUGUCCUAGUUACCGGUGGCCGAGACGGCGUGGCUCGAGUCUGGGACAUGCGCACGCGCAGCAAUAUCCACGUGCUAUCCGGUCACAAGGGCACCGUUGCAGACGUCAAGUGUCAAGAAGCUGACCCGCAAGUCAUCUCCGCCUCUCUCGACUCUACCGUGCGCCUAUGGGACCUCGCCGCGGGCAAGACCAUGGGCGUCCUCACCCACCACAAGAAGGGCGUUCGCGCCUUGGCCGUGCAUCCCACCGAGUUCACUUUCGCCACUGGGAGUACCAAUAGCAUCAAGCAGUGGAAAUGUCCCGAGGGCGCUUUCAUGGGCAAUUUUGAGGGACACAACGCCAUCAUCAAUUCCCUCGCCGUUAAUGAGGACGUCUUGUUUUCCGGCGGUGAUAACGGGUCCAUGAGUUUCUGGGACUGGAAGACGGGCCACAGAUUCCAGGCCCUCGAUUCUAUUGCCCAGCCGGGUUCCCUGGACGCCGAGGCGGGUAUCAUGAGCUCUACGUUCGACCGGACGGGCCUGCGUCUUAUUGUCGGCGAGGCGGAUAAAACGAUCAAGAUAUGGAAGCCGGAUGAGAAAGCGACGCCUGAGACGCAUCCGCUAGAGUGGAAACCAACGCUGGGGAGGCAAAAGUAUUAAUCAGGAGGAAAAAUCGCGUAAUUAUCUCGUAUUGUCAGCACUUAGAAGGCGUUUUUUUAAGUAUAGACAGAUAUCUUACGCUAUGAAGGACGGAAACAGAUGAUAAUUAUUAGGGGUAUUAAGGUCGUAAAUCUUGGUUUUGGUACUAUCUGUACAUUAGAAUGCUAUACCCAGCGCCCGAAUCUCAGGGUCGUCUCGAAAUGCAAGCUUGAUCUCUUCAUCGCCUACAGCAAGCCUAAUCUUGCUUGGUCGCUCGGCCCUCUG